AUGAGCAACUACGGCUUCUUCGGGAGCUUUGAGCUGAACUCCAUCGUCAGAGGUGCUCAAUUGACGGUGGUGGGAGCGAAUCGCGCCUUGCAGAACCCGGGAAUUUUCACGAGCGAGCACUACAAGCAGGCUGCGUUGGCGUUCAUCGCUGGACUGGCCAUUCGGCUGCUUGUCGCGAUACCGGUGAGAUGGCCAGGACGCCUGGGAGACGGAUGAAGACUAACACACAACAGACAUUCGGCAUCCGAGUUCUCAUCCGAUUCCUUGGCCUGUUCACCGACCUGGGAGCCUCAACAUGGGACGAAGACAUCAUCCACGGCAUCGAGUUCGUCGAGCACCACGUCCUCCAAGUCCCUUUCUUCCUCAUGAGCUUCAUGCGCUAUCUCAGUCCUGCGAUGGACCACAUGUUCAUGGAUUCUCUACAAUGGGUGGACCAGACGUACAUCGCAAAGCACAAAUCCGAAGCUCCGAACGAGCUCCGGGCGCUGUACUAUCCCAAUCUGCGUAUGUACAGCCAACAUGCUGAGACAACACAAAAGAAGGAUCCAUACAAGGCUAUGAUCGCAUUUCUGAAGCGCUUUGGAAAGAAGGCGGCCCUUUCAUUGGGUGUAUACCUGCUCUCCUUCCUGCCAUACGUGGGCCAGCUCGUUCUGCCUGCAGCCAGCUUUUAUACGUUCAAUAAGGCUGUUGGACUUCCACCAGCUGUGCUAGUAUUUGGCAGCUCGCUCUUCGUACCCAAGAGGUACCUUGUCAUGUUUCUCCAGAGCUACUUCUCGAGCAGAAGCUUGAUGCGAGAAUUGGUGAGCGAACUCGCUGUGCUCGAGCGUGGAAGGCCACUAACCAGUACUGCAGCUCGAUCCAUACUUCGCUCGCAUUCGCUACAGUCCAGAGCAGAAGAGGAUGUGGUUCCGCGAUCGCGAGGGCGUACUCUACGGCUUCGCCGUCGCCUUCUUCGUCUUCCUCAAGGUGCCGCUCGCUGGUGUCUUGAUUUACGGUGUCGCGGAGGCCUCGACAGCUUACCUCAUCACCAAGAUCACCCAGCCACCGCCUCCGCCAGCCGAGGCCGAGGAGUUCAAGAAGAAAGAUGUGCGGUGGGAGAACAAGCACGAGUUCCUGCAAUUGCCCGUGGAUGCGCUGGACAAGUUCAACGUCUCGACGUCCAAGGAGAAAGCGAAUCCCUUCGACUCAGGGGAGCUGAAGCGAAGGCAGUUCUCUUGA